AUGUCUGAAGAAGAGACAAAAGUUAUAGUUUUUGAGUAUAUCCAUGCCCAACCCCAAGCUGUCAGCUUUUGGUCUGGCAUGGUAGUAUCAAUAAUUCAUACUCACUGCCAGGAUAUCUACACUAGGUACUGGAGCGUGGUAGACAAGAAGAUGGGUCUCAUGGUUGAAGAAGAUUCUGAGAUGGCUUUUUUUGGUGCUAUCCAAAAAGGGGCUAUGUUGGAUAGCAAGUCUGACACAGAGAGACUUUUCUCUGGGUUCCCAGUGCAUAUGUUGAAAGUUGCCUAUCCCAGCUGGAGAAGCAAUAAAUUCAACAAGUUUCUGAGCUUAAUUGAUGAAAGCAUGCAAUCUGAUCAUAAAGCAAAAGGGAAUGCAAAGCUAAGAAUGUCCAGGUUUUUGAGAGAAGAAAAAAAUGUUGCUGUACCACGUUGGCUGAUUUUGUCACUGUCUCCCUGUGCAAUUAAACAAUAA